AUGUCGUCUCGCUUCUUGCGUACUGCUGUGGUUCGGGCCACCCAGCAGAGAACCAUGUACGAGAACCCGUACAUCAACCGUUUCAAGGCCAGAAGCAAGGUUUCAGAGGAUUUCCACAAAAAGGUAACGCUAUUUUGGUACUGGAUUCACCAAAUAAACCAUGAUUCUGUUCAGACGACCGGAAUCACCGGAUUGUUCGUCAACGAGCAUCCGCAUCGUGCUCUGACCGUCGUCUACGGCCGCAUUCUGCGAGCCCUGGAGCAGAUUCCCCGGGACGCCGCCUACCGCAAGUUCACCGAAGCUGUGAGUGUCAAUUUUCAGAAAAUGGUGAAAAAAAUUUAGAAAUUUUUAGGUAGUCAAGCAACGUCUCGCGCUCGUCCAGGCUGAGACCAACAUUGAGAAGCUCGAGCAGAAAAUCGGGAUGGGACAAAUCGAGGAGGUGAUCCAGCAGGCCGAGCUGGAGCUCGAGACGACGCGAGCCAUCGUGGAUUCGAAGGCGUGGGAGCCGCUCGUCGAGUCGGCGCCCAAAGGACAAUGGUCGUGGCCCGUCUGA